UACCAGAUGUAUGCUAUUCAUGGUGGGUUCUGGCUUCCCUGAAGAUAAUUGGAAGACUUCAUUGGAUUGAUAGAGAGAAACUUCGUAGUUUCAUCUUAGCAUGUCAAGAUGAAGAAACUGGUGGCUUUGCAGACAGGCCAGGAGAUAUGGUGGACCCUUUUCAUACAUUAUUUGGUAUUGCCGGAUUGUCACUUUUGGGAGAAGAACAGAUUAAACCUGUUAGUCCUGUCUUUUGCAUGCCUGAAGAAGUGCUUCAGAGAGUGAAUGUUCAACCUGAACUAGUGAGCUAGUUUCAUUGAUGGAAAAGAUCUUAGUGCACUUUGGCAGUUGAACAUUUCUGUUACUAGAAGUCCAGUGCUGUAUCCAUUACACAACAGAACCACCUUGCAACAUUUCUGUAUUUCAAGUGCUUAUCAAUUCUAAAAGUGACCACUGUUAAUAUUUUGUAUAUUAUGUUAAAUUAAUAAAUUAUAAUUAUAUAUACUGUAAAAUAAAGGACCUGUAUUGUAUUUUCAGUUUUAGUUCUUCUGAAAUGCUGUUCUGAGUAGCUUCUUUUCUGUGAAUGUGUAUAUGUGUACACACACACUAAUAAGAUCUGUUGUCUCCAUAGCAACAAACUUAACCUCAGUUCUACUUUUCUCUCUUUCUGUGUUUAACAAUAGUUAACUGUAAAUUGGUUUGUGUCAGUGAUAAUGUUAAUAGAAGUGGAUAAACCUCACAUGAAUUAAAAGAUACACAAAUAAGUGGCUGUUGAAAUUUGGAAAGUUUGAAUUUGGUCAGGUUGGGCUGGUGAAAAGUAAAUGGCAACUCACCACACUGAAAUAGGUUUGUAAUUUGGACCUCAAAAACUUUUCUAGUUUUUUUGUUUUGUUUUUUUAUUGUACUGUAGAUCCAUUGUGACAUUUACAAAAGUUUUUAAAAUAUAUUGUAGUUAAACACUCCCUCCAUUCUCUAUCUCCCCUUCCCUUCAAUCCUGGAAUAGUUUUGACAUGUCUUUUUCCAUUUUCACACGUUACUACACAAUAUUUGCAGUACAUACGCCCUCUUCUUGUAUCGCCACUCCCCCGCUUACGCACACACUGGUAACAUCUGCCAGACAGGAC